AUGCCACGUCCCACACAUUCAAGCAAACCAAGUUUUGCACUAUCCAUCGAUACGUUCCUAAGCACGGAUAGCACGUGGGAUUGGAAGAGGUUCUCAGCCAAGUGGGAUGUCGAAGCUCAGCGGGCUACACGACCACGAUUGAGUGUUGCCUCAUUACGCUUCCUCAUUUUUACAAUCUAUCGUCGGUUAUUUACGCUGGCUUACUGUGCCAAUGCGUUCGCAUUCAUCAUUGUAAUGGUGGGCAGCCGAGAGAAAUUGCUCACUUUUGUCAACGCAGCAGGUAUCAAUCUGCUGGUAUGUGGCCUUGCACGACACCCACAGGUCGUGAAUGGCAUAUUCUUGACAAUUUGUCGUAUCUCUCAGUCGGCCCCUUACUUUCUGAGGAAGAAAGCCGCGGAAGCCUAUCACUAUGGAGGAGUUCACAGCGGAUGUGGCGUCGCUGCUUUCCUCUGGUAUACAGGUCUCGUCGGUCUGCUAUCACAAGACUAUUGGAUGAAUGCAGAUUCGACGAUUAUCACCAUUCCCGUGAUUGUACUUGCCUACGUCCUUCUCGUCGUCCUCAUUGCCAUCAUUGUGGUUGCACAUCCGACACUCAGGGCAAAGAAACACAACCAAUUUGAAUUUAUCCACCGCUUUUCUGCCUGGUUGGCAGUGGCUCUUUUCUUGACCCUCCUCCUAGUUUUCUCCGAUCAAGCUCGGAAACCAGAAGGCCUCUCACUCGGGCGGUAUCUGGUCAAGCUUCCAGCGUUUUGGGUUGUUCUCGCCAUCGUUGUAACCAUCAUCCAUCCCUGGACACUCCUUCGCCGGGUCCAAGUUCAGCCAGAGCAUCUCUCAUCGCAUGCCGCCCGACUCCAUUUUGAUCACGCAUCUACCGACUUCGGAAAGGUUAUUGGGCUAUCCAAGCAUCCGCUAAAAGACUGGCACAGUUUUGCAACUUUCCCUGAUCCAGAUGGGAAAAGCUUUUCGGUCAUAGUCUCCAAAGCCGGGGACUGGACAACCAGGUGCAUUGAGGAACAACCUACCCAGCUUUGGAAGCGUGGAGUACUCAUGUAUGGAUUUAUCCAUGUAAUGAGAGUGUUCCGUCGGGUGGUAGUAGUUGCCACGGGCUCUGGUAUCGGGCCGUGUCUCUCGUUUUUGAGUGAAAAGAAUUGCCCCCAGCUGCGACUCAUUUGGCAAACGCGGAAUCCAAAUAAGACAUAUGGUCCAGACGUGCUUGGACUAGUCCAUCAGCUAGAUCCCAAUCCACUUCUCAUUGAUACAGGCAGCAGUGGCCGAGUGAACAUGGUACCAAUUAUCCAAGAACUCGCUCGAGAUUUUGAUGCGGAGGCUGUGUGCGUUAUUAGCAACCCAUAUCUUACGAAAAAGAUCGUCUUCGAGCUUAAAGAAAGCGGAGUGCCUGCAUUCGGACCGAUCUUCGACUCUUGA